AUGUCGCAGCACAGCCGCGCGCAGCUCAACAAGCUCGAGUACGUCGCGCAGAAGCCCGCCUUCCUGGCAAACUUUGGCGCGCCGCCCAAAGCCGAGGGCCGGCGCGACGCGCGCGACCUGCCCUCGCGACCGAAAGACGGCGAGUGGGCUGCAGGCAGCGACGACGAGGGCGACGAGGAAGAAGACGAGUGGGAGGCGCAGUUUGGCGGCGGGGACGACGGGCCGCAGAUUGUCGUGCUGAAGGAGGGGCGGCAUCUGAGCAAGGAGGAGGUGGAGAAGGCGCGCGGGAAGGGUGACGCGCCAGGCAAGAGCAGCGGCGACGCGCUGGAUAACCUCAAGCAGCUGGUCGGCGAGAGCACAGCCAAGGCGCAGGGCAAGGAGGUGCCCGCGGCACCAGCGGCGGCAGGAGGCAAGAGCAAGGCUGCAAGGCCGACACCGGCAGGCGCGAAACGCAAGCUUGUCGGCGAGGCUGUCGCGUCAGCUGCGGAGAGCGGGGACAAGAAGGCAAAGAACAAGAAGAAGAAGGUCGUCAAGGGGUUGCUGAGCUUUGACGAGGCGGAGGGCGAGGCGUGA